AUGAAUUCUCUUGGCAAUUCGCACAUAUCCGUCUGUGCAUCGCAGUGCUCGUUUAUGCAAUGCUCACUAAAGGGUGGGAGGGCCGCGGAGGUUUUGGCCUCCGUCGUGGCCUACUGCGUCUGCAGCAUGAGCAUGAUUAUACUGAACAAGCUGGUCAUCUUCAGUUAUGGGCUAAAUUUUCCCAUGGGACUCCUGUUUGUGCAGAACUUCGGCGCGGUACUUCUUGUUUCAGUUGGAAAGUGCAUGCAUUGGGUUUGGUACCCGGACUUCAGUAUGGAGGUGGCGAGAAAGUGGCUCCCACUUACAAUUCUCUUUGUCGCCAUGUUGUGGACGUCCAUGAAAGGUCUUUAUACAAUGUCUGUUUCCAUGCAUACGAUUAUUAAGAAUCUUGCGGUAAUUUUUACCGCCAUUGGGGACUCAAAAUUAUACGGGAGGCGGGUAACAGGUAUGAUGUAUCUUUCCUUUUGUCUUAUGAUCUGUGGCAGUUAUUUGGGAGCCAAGGGGGACAGAUGGGUCACAGCAUGGGGUAUGUUUUGGACGAUUUCCAACAUUGCAUCCACGGUAAGCUACACAUUGUACAUGAAGUACCUUUUGUCUGACGUAAGUAAACAAAUUGGACGGUGUGGACCCGUGUUCUACAACAAUUUGCUUUCGCUGCCAUUUCUUUUUAUGGCAUCUUUCUCUUCUUUUCCCAAGCUGUUGAGUGAAGUUUCCACCGCCUCCUUUGGGGCAAUUUUUGCUCUUUUUUUAAUGGUUGUUGCAGGGUCAUUAAUGACAUUUGGCGUUUUUUGGUGCAUGAAUGAAACUUCUCCCACCACAUUUAGUGUUAUCGGUGCAGUUAAUAAGGCCCCACUGGCAAUAAUGGGAAUGGUCGUAUUUAACCAGUAUCCAACAACUACCGGCUAUAUUGGCAUCUUUUUGGCUAUUGGCGGAGGAUUGGUGUACGCGUAUACAAAUGUUGGCACUGCUGUAACGCCAAAAGGGGAAGGCUCGAAUGCCAGUCCAUCACCAAAUGUUGCACAAGACCCUCAUUAUGAAAAUGCAAUGUUGACAGGAAAACUAAAGGACGUGAUCUAG